AUGCUAAUCUCUGUUCUAUUUUCGAGCUUCGCGGCCGUUUUGGCCGGCAGCGCCCUCGCGUCGCGGACCUCGCAUAAGGAAUUCGCUGUUGUUGAGUCCGUCCAUGUCCCUUCUGAAUGGGAGGUCGUUGGGAAACCCGAGCCUUCAAAGCGGAUGUUCUUCCGUAUUGCCCUUACCAAGCCGAACGAGGAUCUCUACCACCAAACCCUGCUUGACAUUGCAACCCCAAAUAACCGGAGGUAUGGCCAGCAUCUCAAGCGCGAUGAGCUGAAGGCCCUGCGGCAGCCGGAUCAGGAAGCGAGCGACUCGGUCCUAUCUUGGCUGGGGGAAUCUGGUAUAUCUUCCAAGGAUAUCGAAGACGACGGCGAGUGGAUCAACUUCGUAGCCACCGUCAGCCAGGUGGAGGAAAUGCUCAACACCAACUACCAAAUCUAUCGAAGCACCGUGAAGCCUGUCGACAUCACCAGGACCGACGAGUAUUCGGUACCAGAAGACAUCCGAGAUCAUAUCUCUAUGAUCCAGCCCACGACACGAUUCGGACAAAUUCGGGCCCAACGGAAUACAGUGCAUGUCAGGCAAAGGAUCGGGGCCGUCAGCGCUGUCAGCAAACCCGUUAGCCCUUCUUGCAACUCAAGCAUCACUCCGGAAUGUUUGAUCGACUUGUAUAACAUCAAAGGCUUUACUCCGAAGGCUCGUGGAUCGGGGUUCGUCGGUGUCAAUGGCUUUUUGGACCAAUAUGCAAGGCAGGGAGAUCUUACCCAGUUCCUCCAGAAGUACCGUCCCGAUGCGGCAAACGCCACUUUCAAAUUCCAAUCUGUGAACGGCGGUUCCAACGAUCAGAACUCAACAGAAGACUCUGUCGAGGCCAGUCUGGACAUCCAAUACACCACAAGCUUGAGCUAUCCGAUUCCUCAAGUCUUCUAUUCCACCCCUGGACGUGGGCCUCUGGUCCCAGAUCUUGACCAACCGGACCCGAAGGACAACCAGAACGAGCCGUGGCUAGAGUUCUUCACUUACCUGACUAAGCUGCCGGAUCAUGAGUUACCCCACACGUUGUCAACCAGCUACGGCGAAGACGAGCAGUCCCUCCCGGAAACGUACACCAAGGAGGUUUGUGACCUCAUUGGCGGCCUCGGGGCACGCGGUGUCUCCGUACUUUUCUCCUCGGGCGACACCGGCGUAGCCAGCGCUUGCAUGACGAAUGACGGUAAGAACACGACUCGAUUCUUGCCCAUCUUCCCCGCCGCUUGCCCCUAUGUUACCUCCGUCGGAGGCACGAUCGGAGUGAACCCCGAGCGGGCCGUCUACUUCUCCUCCGGCGGGUUCUCCGACCGCUUCCCGCGCCCGAAGUGGCAAGCUGGACACGUUUCCAAAUUCCUCAAGCAGCUAGGAUCCAAGUGGGACGGACUGUAUAACCCGGAAGGUCGUGGGUUCCCCGACAUCGCGGCGCAGGGCAAGGGAUUCCGCGUCGUCGAUCAUGGGGACGAGAUUGCCGUUGGCGGUACCUCUGCGUCUGCCCCGACCAUUGCGGGCAUCGUGGGGCUCCUGAACGCUGCCCGGCUGGAAGCUGGGAAGGGGCCCUUGGGCUUCCUCAACCCGUGGCUGUACUCCGUCGGGUAUAAGGGGCUCACGGAUAUCGUGCACGGGGGAAGCACGGGCUGCACCGGAAAAGACGCGUAUUCUGGCCUCCCAACACCCUACGUUCCAGACGCUUCCUGGGCGGCAGUGCCUGGAUGGGAUCCGGUGACUGGGCUGGGUACUCCCGAUUUCGGCAAGCUGUUGGAGCUUUCUGGCCCUCGUCACCACCGGCGGCGGACAACCGAGUAGGCAUUGUAAGGUAUCAUAAGACAUUGAAACCAGUGCGGUGUGGUUUGGGGGGGAGAAUGCUCUGUUUUCGUAUAAUAAUACUCCGCCUCAAAGGUCGAUGGGUUCUUGUUCGUGACUAUGAGAUAGAUAGUAC